ACCAAGACUGUUGUCAGGAGUCUAUUGUGCGGCCCAGCGUGGCGCAAUUCGUACAGUGAGGAGCAGUACAUUCUUUGUGCCCGCUUCGAAUGGCGGACCGAACCGGCUGCCAAGGGCUUAAAGACACUCCUGACAUCUCACUGCUGUCAAGCUGCGCUUCCGAGCCACAGACUAACUGGAUCCAUUCUACGCCUCAAUCAUCCUGUUUGUGGGCCGAGCUUGGGACGCGGUCACGGACCCCACGGUGGGCUUCCUGGUCUCGCGGAGUCCCUGGACACGUUUUGGACGCAUGAUGCCAUGGAUUGCCCUCUCAACUCCCCUGGCUGUGAUUUCUUACUUCCUGAUAUGGUACGUGCCCCCUUUUGAGGACGGCAAAGUCAUCUGGUACCUUUUCUUCUACUGCGUCUUUCAGAGCCUUCAAACUUGCUUCCAUGUGCCAUAUUCCGCCCUCACCAUGUUCAUCAGCUCCGAGCAGAAAGAAAGGGACUCUGCUACAGCUUACAGGAUGACGGUGGAGGUUUUGGGCACUGUGCUCGGUACCGCCAUCCAGGGCCAAAUCGUGGGCAUGGCCAACGCGCCCUGCGUCCCGGGACCGGGGGAAAUUUUGGCGGACUCCAGCAACUCCUCGCUCGGCCUCAACGGAACAAACCACGUCAUCUCCCUGGAACACACGAGAGCCGCCUACAUGAUCGCCUCCGGUGUCAUCUGCUUAAUCUACGUCCUCUGCGCCAUUGUGCUGUUCUUUGGCGUGAGGGAGCAAAAAGACUCGAACCGUCCCAAGUCGGAGCCCUUGUCGUUCAUCCAGGGCAUCAAGCUGGUGAUGGGUCACGGCCCCUACGCCAAACUGGUCAUGGCCUUCCUUUUCACCUCCUUAGCAUUCAUGCUCCUCGAGGGAAACUUUGCACUGUUCUGUAGCUACACCCUUGGCUUCCGAAACGACUUCCAGAAUAUUUUGUUGGUGAUCAUGCUCUCGGCCACUCUCACCAUCCCCUUCUGGCAGUGGUUCCUCACCAAAUUCGGGAAGAAGACGGCCGUCUACGUCGGCACCUUGUCUGUGGUUCCCUUCAUGAUCCUGGUGGUGUGCUUGAAGAGCAACCUUGUCGUGACCUACAUCGUCUCCUUUGCCGCCGGCGUCAGCGUGGCGGCCGCCUUCCUGCUGCCUUGGUCUAUGCUACCCGACGUCGUCGACGACUUCCAGGUGCAAAACCCCGAUGCCAUUGGCCACGAGGCGCUCUUCUAUUCGUUCUACGUCUUCUUCACCAAGUUCGCCUCCGGAGUCUCCCUGGGCAUCUCCACUCUCAGUUUAGAUUUUGCCGGCUACAUCUCUCGAGGUUGCUCCCAGCCGCCGGAAGUGGACAUCACGCUGAAGGUGCUGGUCUCGGCUGCCCCCAUCUUACUCAUCAUGAUCGGCCUGGUAAUCCUGUACAAGUACCCCAUUGACGAGGACAGGAGGCUCGAGAACCGCAAACUGCUCCAGCACCAAAGAGACGAGGCAGAAUCCGAAUCUGACUCGACGGAACUUUCCAACAUGAUCUAGUGCAUUUUUUUAAUGCACCGACCAAUCAAGAUAAGCGCCUGGUAUUUUGCACUAGGCGGGACCAAGUGAUUUUGGCCCGUCUUAUCUGAGAGACACUGCCUUGUUGCUGCUGCUAUUUCCUUUCAAGAGGCUGAAAAAAAUGUGCCAACACAACCUGACAUUUACACACUUGUUUGCUCGGUCAGGUCUCUUUUUGUACUGCUCAAACCGUUUUUUUUUUUUUUUUUUUUUUGACUUUUGUGCAAGUGCACAAAAAAGCCUGCUUCCAUCUUUUUCUUUUUUUAAUCCAGUGACUUUGAGCACUGCGCUAGCGACCUGAAACUUGAACGAUUAGCGUCUGUGCCUGAGCUCAGUUCAGUAGCAAAAAAAAAAAA